GCUCGAACUAACACCACGCGACAGGGAUUGACAAGAUGGCGAACAUUUUAGAAACAGAGGAGUAACACUCGUGAAGGGGAGCCUCGAAACCACAGCCAUGUCCUGGGAGGUUCCCGUUUCUCCGCUCACUGUGGUUACCAUGGUAAUAUGAGGCUAGUUUGAAAGCGACACACGCGCUCUCUGCCUCACACGCGAACCCACAGUCAGGCGUUGACUGUCGCAGGCGGAGUGCCCGGCCGGCCGGCAGGCCUGUGUGAUGGACAGGUGUAAACACGUGGGGCGGCUGCGCCUGGCCCCAGACCACUCCAUCCUCAACCCCCAGAAGUGGCACUGCGUGGACUGCAACACCACCGAGUCUAUUUGGGCCUGCCUGGGUUGUGCGCAUGUGGCAUGCGGCCGCUACAUUGAGGAGCAUGCUCUCCAGCACUUCCAGCAGCAGCGCCACCCGCUGGCGAUGGAGGUUAACGAGCUGUAUGUGUUUUGCUAUUUGUGCGACGACUAUGUGCUGAACGAUAACGCUACUGGGGAUCUGAAGCUACUCCGCAGCACCCUCAGUGCCAUCCAGAGCCAGCACUAUGAGGUCACAACACGCAGCGGGCGAACUCUGCGCUCGGCUAGCUUCGGAUCGGACGCGCUCAUACCAUGCGGCGCCAGCGAGCUGCAGCUGAGAGACGAGGACCGAAUGUUUACCGCCCUCUGGCAUCGCCGCCGGGCCCUCAUCGGACGCAUCUUCCGCCUCUGGUUUGGUUUAACCGAUUGUGGAAAGAGGAGAGAGGAAGAGGAGAGGAGGAGGGAGGAAGAGGAGGAGCAGAAGCGGGAGGCCAGGGACAGGCGGCGUGCUCUGAAGCGGCAGCUGCAGGAGGUACUGGAGAACGCUCCGAUCAGAAAGAGCCGACGUCUGCGUCGGAAGAGCCAGAGAGUCGUGGAUGCGACAACUGCGCCAGCUGUUCAGAAAGAUCGCAAGAAGAGAAAAAGUCGGAAGGCCUCGUCUCGAUCUCGCAGGUCACGUACUCGAAGUCCUUCCGCUGCUGCUCCUAAGAAAGCCGGUCGGACAAAAAAAUCCCCUCCUUGUCCCAAAUCCCACAGACGUUCUUCUAAGCCCAAAUCUAAGGCCAGAACUACGCCAUCCUCGUCCCGCAGCGCCCAGACGCCGGUCCGCCGCCGGCAGAGCAGCAAGCAGGAAGGCUCGCCUUUCAAACGGCGUCCCACCGUCACUCCUGGCGUGACGGGUCUGAGGAAUCUGGGGAACACCUGCUACAUGAACUCCAUCCUGCAGGUUUUAAGCCAUUUGCACGUUUUCAGGGAGUGCUUUCUCCGCCUCGACCUGACCCAGGCGCUGGAGCUGCUGGCGUCUGCCGUCCACGGCCAGCUGACGGUGAAAACCACAACCCAGUUCCCCCUGUCUCAGAGAAAGGGGCUCCAGUUGACGUCGGGGCUGAGCGGCGGGGCGUCGCGCGGCCGCAGCAUGGAGCUGAUCCAACCCAAAGAGCCCAGCUCCAAGCACAUCUCCCUCUGCCACGAGCUGCACACCCUGUUCCAGGUCAUGUGGUCCGGCAAGUGGGCGCUGGUCUCGCCUUUUGCCAUGCUGCACUCGGUGUGGCAGCUGAUCCCCGCAUUCAGGGGCUACGCCCAGCAGGACGCGCAGGAGUUCCUGUGUGAACUGCUGGACAAGGUGCAGCAGGAGCUGGAAAGCACCGGGAAGCGCACCAACACGGCCGGAGUGCCACAGAAACGCCUCAUCAAGCAGGUUCUGAGCGUCGUCAACACCAUCUUCCACGGCCAGCUUCUCAGCCAGGUGACGUGCCUGGCCUGCAGCCAUCGCUCCAACACUGUGGAGCCUUUCUGGGAUUUGUCUCUGGAGUUCCCCGAGCGUUACCAUAGCAACAGCAGGGAGUCGGCCACGCAGGCUCCGUGCCACCUGACCGAGAUGCUGGCCAAGUUUACAGAAACAGAAGCGCUGGAGGGAAACAUCUACGCUUGCGACCAGUGCAACGCAGCCCGACGACGCACAUGCUCCAAAACAGUCAUCUUGACCGAAGCAAAGAAACAGCUGAUGGUCUUUAAACUGCCUCAGGUCCUCAGGCUCCACCUCAAACGUUUCAGGUGGUCCGGGCGGAACCACCGGGAGAAGAUCGGAGUCCACGUCAGCUUCGACCAGCUCCUCAACAUGGAGCCCUACUGCAGCCCCAGCGCCGCAGGGUCUCCCCGCCCCAAGCACUUCCUCUACGAGCUCUCUGCUGUCGUGAUGCAUCAUGGGAAGGGAUUUGGGUCGGGCCACUACACUGCCUACUGCUACAACACAGAAGGAGGCUUCUGGGUUCACUGUAAUGACUCUAAGCUGAAUGUGUGCUCAGUGGAAGAGGUUUGUCGGGCUCAGGCCUACAUCCUCUUCUACACACAGCGAGUAACUCAGGACAAAGACCGGCCACUAUAGAAUCAGGACCUCUCGCCUGAACUUUGACCUUCACUGUAUCCCGGCCCAGCCUGUCGCUCCUUUUCCAGUAUUUCUUCUAAAACCUGGGAUCAUGGGACUUUUUUUGUGUCUAUUUUACUAAGUUUGGAAAAAUAAGAGGGACUCCUUCUGUAAAAAUCCGGUUCUGCUUUGUGAACUUGUUGUAAAUGGUGUUUAUAUGUGUAGGUAUUUUAAAAGAAAAUGCUGAUGUGAUUUAUGUAAAUUUGUAUUUUAUUAAGAAGAGAGUAUCAGCCAAGGUUUGUCUCCGGCAGGGAGAGUUCUCAUCUGCCCGCUUGUUGAUUGUAAAUGUUUGUUUAUCAGCUGAAAUGUUUCUCAGUCACUUUAGAUUGUUGAAGUGGAUGUAGGUUAACAUGUCAGUCACUCAAGAUGGCAUUCGGGUAAUUUUCCUGCCAGAAAUGCACUAGUUUAUACAGUUUUUAAUUUCUUUUUUUACACAAAUGACGGUUGUUUCAAAUAAUAUGUAAACAUACAGGACAGGAUGUUUAGGUUUGAAUAAAUAUUCAACAUGGUGGAAAAUUUUCCAAGGGAUGACCUUUAGCAUUGUGCUGCCACCUUUCUGCUCCAGAAUGUAACUGCUUUGAGAGAAACAUCCUCUACCAGACGAUAAUAGAAAAAGUGCCCUUUUGUCUCAAAGUAUUUUUAUAGGUCUAAUCAAUUCAGCAGCACUGCGAUCCAUAAAAACCAGCAUUUAGUCUAUGAAUGUAUUUUUAUACAAUCUUCAGAGGUUUUACAAACUCGACCAUCAAAGGUUAAAUUUUUAUACAAGUUGUUCAACACCAGCAUCUGAUUUUAUAAAGAUUUUACUGUCUGAAUCUGUUCAUUAGAGAAGAAUCACAGCACACUCGGUUUUCCUUUCACUGUUGAAUGGUUGGUUUUUGGCAUUUUGAUUACUACUUCACGGUGUGUUUGUGUGUGUGUAAAUUUUAUGGAAGUUAUGCUAUGCAAAUUGUUACCUCAAUUUUUAUUUCUAGAAAAAAUUACCUCAAUAAAUGAGAUUAUUUUUUCAUUUUUCUACAGA